UUCCCCAAUCGGAGCCACUUGCGGGUGGGAGAGCGGAGCGUUCUCCAGACCGGGGCGGAGACACGUGGGAGGGACUUAGAGGAUUUAAAGGGACCGAGUUUCACUGGUGCCUCCCUGGUCCCAGAGGGUUAUCAGCAUGUGCAGGGAUAUGGUGGCAGCAGGGAGUCCUUGACUAGGUAUCCUAGGCACCAGGAAAUCUCCAUCCUACCCACGCACGCGCGGGAUUGCCUUCUUCCAUCUCCGGUCUGAAUAAAAGGGGGCGCGAAGAGGGGUCAGCGAACCCGACACCAGAACUGGAGGCUUGCGGCGGCUGUUUCAACCCGGAAAGUUUAGGCAGACGUCCCAGUCCCCCGACUUCCGGUUCCGGUUUUGGGCCCCUGUCUGGCGGCCUUCACUAUGGAAGAACCAGAGAUGCAGCUGAAGGGAAAGAAAGUCACAGACAAGUUCACUGAGAGUGUCUAUGUCCUGGCCAACGAGCCGUCAGUGGCCCUGUACCGGCUACAGGAACAUGUGCGCCGCUCACUGCCGGAGCUGGCCCAGCACAAGGCUGACAUGCAGAGGUGGGAGGAGCAGAGCCAAGGUGCCAUAUACACCGUGGAGUAUGCCUGCAGUGCUGUGAAGAGCCUAGUGGACAGCAGUGUGUAUUUCCGUAGUGUGGAAGGCCUGCUCAAACAGGCCAUCAGUAUCCGGGACCACAUGAACACCAGCGCUCAGAGCCACAGCCAGGAGAAACCAUCCCCUCCUUCUGUGGCCUGACCCUGACCCCGGAAGACUCGGGGCCACCGCCUUCCCCACCCAGGUCAGUGUGGAGGCUGCCCCUCUGCUGAGCUAACCCAUUUGU